AUGCCAUGUGAUUGGUUGAAGUUGGAGAAAAGGCUAGGUGAGAGGACGGUGGGAAAGAGGGGGGGGGGUGCGGGGGAAGGGAAUAGUUAUGUAUUGAUUUUUGGGUUUUUAAUGUUCUCCGUCAUGGACGGUUUGUCUCUCUACAACGAGUCUUUGUCUCUCCGUGAUGGGAGAGUCUAA